AUGAGGAAAACACAGGAAGGCAAAAAACAGCAAUCUACAAAAACUAAUAAUAAUUCUCCAUUUAGCUAUAAUAAUACUUGUGGAAGAAUUACACCUUUCCCCAGGAAACAUUAUAUUCUUAUUUAAACAGCCUUCUAAUCGACCAACAACUCCCUGCAACUACAUCUUCAACUUCUCAAUUAUUAUUGGACUCUGAAAGUGAAAGUCUUGAUAAUAAUACUAAAAAUUGUGGUCGAUUCCCAACAAUUCCUUCAGAAAAACACCAAUUUCAUCCUCUCCAAGUAAAUAUUAAUGAAGAAGCAGACAAAUCCUCCUCUUCCUCAUUAUUACAAAAACAAUCUUCACCAACAUUUUCCUUAUCCUCAUCUAUCGCAGAAUUACCUCAACCAGC